AUGGCAGAGUUAUAUGGUAGUUGGGAAGAGAGCUUUGGCCUUCUUUAUAAUUGGAGGGCUGAAGUAAUGAAGAAGAUGUCAAAUAGUGUCAUUGAAAUUGACGUGGUGGUUGAAGACGGUAUGCCUCAUUUUCGUAGAUUUUUUUGUGCACUUGGUCCUUGCAUCGAGGGUUUUCUAGAGGGAUAUAGACCAUAUCUCAGCAUAGACUCUACUGCACUUAAUGGUAGAUGGAAUGGUCAUUUGGCUACUGCAUGUAGUGUUGAUGGUCAUAAUUGGAUGUAUCCUAUGGCAUAUGGUUUCAUUGACUCUGAAACAUCAGAUAACUGGAUUUGGUUCAUGACACAACUGCAUAAAGUCAUAGGAGAUCUUCCUCUACUUGCAGUUUGCACUAAUGCUUGCAAAGGUCUAGAAUUAGCCGUUAAAUAUGCAUUUCCCAUGGCUGAACAAAGAGAGUGCUUUAGACAUCUCAUGGAUAACUAUGUUAAAAAAUUUAGUGGUGCAGAACAUAUGUAUCCUGCAGGAAGGGCUUACAGGAGAGAAGUGUAUGAGUACCACAUGUCUAAAGUCCUAGAAAAUCCAGAUGUUAAGUAUUAUUUGGAUACAUAUCAUAGUUUGAAGUGGAUGAGAAGUGGGUUCAAUCCAGCCAUCAAAUGUGAUUAUGUCACCAAUAAUAUAGCUGAGGUGUUCAACAACUGGAUCAAAGACAUCAAGGACUUGCCUGUUUGUGAGCUUGCAGACCGGUUGAGGGAAAUGAUCAUGGUUUUGUGGUACAAGAGGCGAAAGAUUGGUCAACGACUUGAGGGUAAGCCAUGCCAGCAUGCUUUGGCUUUGAUAACUGCACAACCACUAAGAGAUGUGAAGAUGGAAGACUUUGUCCAUGAGUACUACUCUGUUGAAAGGUUCAAAAAUGCUUACAAGAGAUUGAUCCAACCACUCCCAGAUAAAUCCCAAUGGCCAAAGGUUGACCUAUCUCAUGACCUAGGUGCUCCACUUGGUAAAAGAAGUGCUGGCCGACAAAGGAAAAAUAGGAUAAAGGGUGCUCUUGAGGGUGGUGGUGCUACGAACAAAGCUAACAACGAGGGAAAGGAGACUGAGAAAGAAAAGAAAAGGAUUAAGGGCCCAACCAAGUGCCAAAAAUGUGGAGGAUUGGGAUAUAGGAAGAGAAAACCUAGGAAGAAUACCACUAAAGCUUGGUUCCCUGCUGAUAUAGGCACACCAACAUGA